AAUACACAAUGAGUAACUUGACUAUAUACGUGGGGUGCCAGUACUGAGUUGCUGUGCAGGGGUACAAGGUAAUUAAGUACAUAUAGGUAGGGAUGAAGUAACUAACAGGAUUGCUAAUAAAUAGUAGCAGCAGUGUAUGUGAAGGGUCAAUUCAGAUAGUCCGGUUAACUAAUUAGCAGUUAUGGGGCGGUAGAAGCUGUUUAGGGUCCUGUUGGUUCCAGGCUUGCUGUGCGGUACCAGAGUGAACACUGUGAUUUUGGGGGGCUGGAGUCUGACAAUUUUUAGGUCCUUCCUCUGACACCGCCUGGUAUAGAGCUCCUGGAUGUACUGCCCUCUAUUGUCUUGUGGUUGGAUGCCAAGCAGUUGCCAUACCAAGCGGGGAUGCAGCCAGUCAAGAUGCUCUCAAUGGUGCUGUAGAACAUUCUGAAGGGGCAGCGGCUUUGUCAUGCCUUCACGACUGUGUGGACUCUUGAGUGAUUGUGAUGUGCAAUGCAAAUACUUUUUGGCCAUUAUUUUACCUGGUUUUCUUGGUCGUGAAAUAUCGUUUUUGCACCACAUGGUGGAGACAGAAUGAAUCAAGGCUACAUUAUGCUACUAUGCCAAGAAAGGCCAAUGCCAUGCAAACUUAGUGUUUUAGCUAUGCUUCCGACAAUUAGGGCCGAAUAUCUAUUUUUCCUUUUGUGAAUAUUCAGGGAGGGAUAAAUAAAACGUAACUGUCAGAGCGUCCAGCAUAUGGUCCACAACCUACAGCGUUUCACCCGCUGGCCACACGGUGUCUGCCCAGCUGGAUUGGUUCUUCAGAGAAUGCUCGCCACCUAUCACGAUGCGUCGUUCACUUUCUUCAUGUAGCUAGAUAUUUCACCAGCAACAUCAACGCUGUUUCAUACAGUCAGGUGGCUACCAUACGGAACGCCCUUAGUUCAUAAUUGCACAUGAAAAGGGCUGGAAACAAGCUGCUUCUUCAGCGAUCCACCAUAGUGAGGGAUCACAGAAGUUGAACGGCUUUAGCCUCAGAUCUCUAGGAGCAAGGCAUGCUCUGCUCUCCUGAUGUAGACCACUGAUGGAGCAGCGACAUACAGGCUCUGGGAACAGUCGUUGUCAUGUUUCCAUGUGUUUCCUCCUGGCCCUCUGCUGAGCCCCCGUCGCCCUGCGGCCAUGCCUCCCUGCCCACACACACUCACACACAGCCCCUGCCUGACCUACUGUGCAGCUGCCCCGCCCCGAAGAUGAACCCCCGCCCCGUGCCAGACUACAUGGAGUCCCUCAUCGUGGUGACCGAGUACGAGCCCAAGGGGGGUGAUGAGGUGGAGGACAUGGAGUGCUCCGAGACCCCUGAGCCCGGUGCGCCCCCCUUCAGAACCCACUCCUGCGACCUGCUGUCCCACUCUGUGGGCAGCCCCGAGGCCCUGUCCCCUGAGCCCCAGGGGCACAGAGGAAGACUAAAUCUGUCAGACCGGAAGCUGUCCCUGCAGGAGCGCUCCCAGACGGCGUCGUCCCCCAACGGGCGCUACAUCUACCCCUCGCUGCCCUACUCGCCCAUCACCUCGCCCCACUCCUCCCCCCGGCUGCCCCGUAGACCCACCGUGGAGUCUCACCGCGUCUCCAUCACUGACCUACAGGACUGCGUGCAGCUCAACCAGUACAAGCUGAAAGAUGAAAUCGGAAAGGGCUCCUAUGGUGUUGUCAAGCUGGCCUACAAUGAAGACAACAACACUUAUUACGCGAUGAAAGUGCUGUCCAAGAAGAGGCUGAUGAGGCAGGCAGGUUUCCCACGGAGACCACCCCCCCGCGGAGCCAAAGCAGUCCCCGAAGGCCCCCCUCAGCCAAAAGGACCACUGGAACGGGUCUACCAGGAGAUUGCCAUCCUAAAAAAGCUGGACCAUCCCAAUGUAGUGAAGCUGGUGGAGGUUCUUGACGACCCUGGUGAGGACCAUCUGUACAUGGUGUUCGAGCUGGUCAAAAAGGGGGCUGUGAUGGAGGAGUUGCCCACGGACAAGCCGCUGAAUGAGGACCAGGCUCGGUUCUACUUCCAAGACCUGGUCAGGGGGAUUGAGUUCUUGCAUUACCAGAGGAUCAUCCACCGGGACAUCAAGCCCUCUAACCUCCUGGUCGGGGAGGACGGUCACAUUAAGAUCGCUGACUUCGGGGUCAGUAACCAGUUCGAGGGGGCCGACGCCCUCCUGACCAGCACGGUAGGCACGCCCGCCUUCCUCGCCCCCGAGACCCUCUCCGAGACCAGGAAGAACUUCUCCGGCAAGGCAUUGGAUGUUUGGGCCAUGGGAGUGACGCUGUACUGUUUCGUGUUCGGAGUGUGUCCCUUUAUGGAUGAACGCAUCAUCAGUCUUCAUCAGAAGAUCAAGACUCAGCCAGUGGAGGUGCCAGAGCAUUCAGACUUAUCUGACGAUCUGAAAGAUCUGCUACUGAAGAUGCUUGACAAGAAUCCAGAAACCAGGAUAUCAGUACCGCAGAUUAAGGUGCACCCGUGGGUGACGCGGCAAGGAGCGGAGCCCCUCCCUCUGGAGGAUGAUAACUGCUGCAUGCUGAUCGAGGUGACCGAGGAGGAGGUGGAGAACUCUGUCAAACACAUCCCCAGCCUGGCCACUGUGAUCCUGGUGAGGACCAUGCUGAGGAAGCGCUCCUUUGGGAACCCCUUUGACUGGGGCCGUCAGAGAACCGAAGACCGAGGCACCGGUCUGUCUGCACCAGGACACAUGCUCACCAAAGGGAGAGCGGGCAAUGUGAGAUACUGCUACAUUCAUAGUAACCAAAGAAGGAAACAAGAGAGCGGGGAGGGCAUGAGAAGUAUGGACCUGCCCUUGGUGGGCGAAGAUGAGGCUCUUUCCUGAUGCGGUGUGGUUUCUCAGCGCGAGGGUGGAGGCAUGCUAGCGAAUUAUGUUGGUUGAAGCCACUAAUGUCUUUUGCGGAGGUGGACAGGACUGUUCUAGGGAUGUGACGGGGGCCUGAACACCCUUUUGGUGAAAGCUCCCUCCUGACUGUCACUCACUAACACCCAUCUGUAAUGCAUGCUCAUGUUUCUAGUCAUAGCAUGCUCUGUCUCAGGCUUCUGAUAUAAAGGUCUGUAUUAGCCUAGGUACAUGUGUUUCUCCAGCCUCUCCUCCGUUUGAAAAGGCUCUGAUGUUUACUGCAGGGGUAUGGGGGACGGGAGAGUGUGUUUGGGGACACAUAUUAGUAGAGCAAGUUACUUGACUAUGAUUGUCUGGACCACUCAUCAUUAAUUUGGACAGUUUUGUAACGAUAAACAGGAGAGGUUUAUUGAAACGAAAGAUAGAGAAAAAGAAGCUUUGCUACGUUCAUAGUAUGCAUGUGAGUUUGUUUCCUUCCCAAUACACCCAUUGUAUACGCUACAUAAGUUGCACGUUCAUAGAAUUAGUUAUUGAUGCAUAAUCUCUUUCUUUGAUUCAUUCAGUCCUCACUAAUGGUUUGUUGUACAAUGUCUCCCAGUUACUACAACUGGUAAAGAGCUUUUUAAAAACGACGUGUUUUCUAACGUGUUUACUUCUCAAACGUGCAGCGGGUCAAGGGGAUGAUACAAUGUUGAAGCUCAAGUCAAAAUAAUGUGUUUGUGGCAUGUUUGUUUCUUUAAGCUUUUUACAUGGUAAUAGAUUGACGGGUGUGGUUUUUAAACAUCUCAUUUUCAGGACACCAAAAAGAAAAUCAAUUGUGUAUUUUGUAAACGAAUAGCAAACACCUUUAAAACAAGUGAUUAUUUCUAUUGCAAUGUCAUUGUGAAAUUAUAUGAAUUAUUUUCUCUUACAAAUUCAUUUCACUCCCAGGCAUAUAGUGUGGCUGCAGACCUCUUGUACAAAUCUAUGCAUGGCAUAUCUGUUAUGGAAAUGUUGGAAUUCAUUUGACAUAGAUAAAGUUGUCAUCAGAUAUGGUAAGAUACAAACGUGCUAGUAGAAAUCAGACAUUGCCACUGGGUUGCAACUCUUUCCAUGUCUAAGCGGUCGAAUGAUCUCCCUAGUUGUCUUGUGGCAUGUUUUUUUUUUUAAAUGUUUACCUCUUGCCUUUUUUUGCACGUUGUUAGACAGUGUUUGUGUAUGGAUAGCUACAGUCACUGGACAUGUUUGGUUCCAUAGUAUAUCAUUGAAACGACAUUAAUUCAACAAUUAAUGCUUCCAACAUACAGAUUUUUUUCAGCACCAACGUGUUGAAUAUAUGACAAAGGUACACAUUUUUUGGGGGGGGGGUGAACAUUUCUUGCAUGUCACUGCUGUAUGUUAAAAACAAUCUGAAUUGUAUGUUGUGUGUUUUUUAAGACUUAUUACUUACUAUGCAUACGAAAUGUCACUCUGUGGUGCAACGCUCGACCCUGUCAUUGGUCUGUCAUGUAUACUGUGUUGUUAGAUGGUACAGUAUCUAAUUGAGGUCUCUGUAUACAGUAGCUGACCGCUUACUAUGGCAGUACCUGUUUGGAGAUCUCACCAUCUUGUGUAAAAUGUUCAGGAAUAAUAUUACGGAAUAUUAAAAUGAAGGAGAAGAUACUGACUAUGACCUCAGUCCAGAUCAGAAGCGGCGGUUCGAGCGCUGGGCCUGUAACCGAAAGGUUGCUAGUUUGAAUCCCUGAGCCGACGAGGGAAGAACAUUUAAAUUACAACUUAUUUUAUCACUCCACAUCAAAGUGCUCCCCUCCCCUUCAUUAUAUCAAAGAAGAGGUUGGGUUUGACUACAGGGCUGAAUUAAAUGCAACCCACAGAAUUCUGUAUUUGUAUUUAUACAUAUAUUUAAUCUUCGCUUUUUGUUUCAGUCUUUGCCCAAUAUUAUUGAAAGGGCUAGGAUUACCUUUACUGUCCAUAUCACACAAUGUACUGUAGAAUAAUGCCAUCCAUUGUAGUGAGAGCUUUGGUGCCUCUACCCAAAUGCAUGCCAACAUACUAUUAAAAAUACCAUUGAAUUGUCAUAGCAUAACAGAGCUUCUCACAAAACAAGAGCUCAUAAUGAUUGAAUCUAUAUUAUCCAGUUCAUUAUGAGUAAAUGACAGUUAACUUUC